AUGAAGUUGCUAUCAAGAAAAGCCUCGUGUAAUUCGCAUGGCCAAGAUUCUUCGUACUUCGCCGGAUGGGAGGAGUAUGAGAAGAACCCUUACGAUGAAGUCAAGAAUCCUCAAGGAAUUAUUCAGAUGGGCCUUGCAGAGAAUCAGCUUUCUUUCGAUCUACUCGAAUCAUGGCUUGCAAAAAAUCCAGAUGCAGCUGGGUUCAAGAGAAAUGGAGAGUCUAUAUUCAGAGAACUUGCUCUCUUUCAGGAUUAUCAUGGCCUUCCUGCAUUCAAGAAUGCAUUGGUUGAAUUCAUGGCAGAAAUCCGAGGAAAUAAAGUCAGCUUCAACUCUAACAACCUAGUACUCACUGCGGGUGCCACUUCUGCAAAUGAAACUCUCAUGUUUUGCCUUGCUAAUCCAGGCGAAGCCUUUCUGCUUCCCACUCCUUACUAUCCAGGAUUUGAUAGAGACCUCAAGUGGCGAACUGGAGUUGAAAUUGUACCAAUACAGUGCACUAGCUCCAAUGGAUUCAGAAUCACUGAAUCUGCUCUAGAAGAAGCUUAUCAACAAGCACAAAAGCGUAAUCUCAAAGUUAAGGGCGUAUUAGUGACUAAUCCUUCCAAUCCUUUGGGAAUAUCUCUAAGCUGGCACGAGCUUAAUCACCUGCUUAGCUUCAUUGCUGCAAAAGGCAUCCAUCUCAUUAGUGACGAAAUAUAUUCGGGCACUGUUUUUAACUCGGAAGGCUUUGUGAGUAUCAUGGAGGUUUUGAUGAACAAAAAAUACGUGAAUUCGCCAGUUUGGGAUCGAGUACACAUAGUCUACAGCCUCAGCAAGGAUUUAGGUCUCCCUGGUUUUCGAGUUGGAGCAAUUUACUCCAAUGACAAAAUGGUCGUGGAUGCAGCAACAAAAAUGUCCAGUUUCGGCUUGGUUUCUUCUCAAACUCAGUAUCUUCUUUCGGCAAUGCUUUCAGACAAAAUAUUCACCAAAAACUACGUUACAGAAAAUCGAAAACGUCUUAAACAGAGGCAUGCAAUGCUCAUUCGAGGCCUUAAAAAUGCCGGUAUUCCCAGCCUCGAAAGCAACGCCAGUUUAUUCUGUUGGGUAGACAUGAGGCACCUUUUGAGCUCCAAAACUUUUGAAGCUGAAAUGGAAUUAUGGAAGAAAAUUGUAUAUCAAGUUGGCUUGAAUAUUUCUCCAGGAUCUUCAUGCCACUGUGUCGAACCAGGCUGGUUUCGCAUGUGUUUCGCCAACAUGUCCGAACAGACCCUAAACGUCGCAAUGCAACGCAUAAAAUCGUUCGUCAAUUCAAUUUCUGACGGUAACGAUAUAACUAGCCCAAAUCAGCAGCAUUCGAACAAGAAUUCAAGAAGAAAGUCAUUCUCCAAGUGGGUUUUUCGGCUAUCGUUUCGUGAUCGCGAAAGCGAACGAUAG